AUAUGUUGAAUGUUCAUGUAUCUGUUCUUAUCAUUGCACAGCGCAAUCCAUUAGGAAUACUGGAAUAGUCCAAUCCAAUGCGAGUGACCUUUGCACCGAAUAAUAAAUAAAUAAAGGCAGUGACUUACAUUUGUCAUUGGGAAUUGAUUCCAAAAAAAUUGGGAGAAGAGAUAACAGGGGAAAGUGGGAAACAGUUGAUGAUCCCAAUGGGAAUUGGGAAGUGGCAAAAUUGAGGAUCAUCAACCAUAGAUAAUCAGUUGAACCAAUGGAUUGUACAGCUGCAAGAAAGACACUAAAGGCUGACCGAGAAAAGCUUAGGAGGGAUCGGCUCAAUGAACAGUUUGUAGAACUGGGCAACAUUUUAGACCCUGAUAGGCCCAAAAAUGACAAAGCAACCAUUCUAGGUGAUACUAUUCAAUUGCUAAAGGACCUUACUUCUCAAGUUAGUAAACUUAAAGAUGAAUAUACUACACUUAAUGAAGAAUCAUGUGAGUUGUCUCAGGAGAAAAAUGAUCUGAGAGAAGAGAAGGCUUCUCUUAAAUCGGAUAUUGAGAGGUUGAAUAAUCAGUAUCAGCAACAGCUCAGGACUAUGUCUCCAUGGACUGCAAUGGAUCAUUCAGUAAUGCUAGCUCCACCAUCAUAUCCGUAUCCAAUGCCAAUGCCAAUGCCAAUACCUCCUGCUCCAAUUGGCAUGCAACCAUACCCUUUCUAUGCUAAUCAACAUUCUGGAAUCAUCCCUAACCCUUGUUCAACAUUUGUUCCUUAUUUAGUCCCCAAUACCUUUGUUGAACAGCAAUCCACCCAGCAUAUAUCCCCACCACUUCAUCCAGGUUUUCAGUCCUGUGUGUCAGGAAAACAAGAAUCCAGUAACAAAUCAUCCAAGGAGAGCAAGGCUGAAAAACAGGAGGAUUCCAAUGAUGUGACUGCAGACCUGACUCCUGGGUUUGCAGAUCAGGACUUGUUAUCUGGACAAAGAAAAUGUAGCAUGUUGUCAAGGAAGGAAAGCAGUUGCACUGAAUUGAGUUCGUUAGGUAGGAGUUCCUUGUCUUGUAGCAUUCAGGAUAGUUCAUCAAGUAGUGUAGUUCACGAGCACAAAGGCUAGUGAAUGAGAAAUGGCUCAGUUUUAGUCAAGUGCUUAUGGCUUUUGACGCCACAAUUAAGUUUUCCAUUAGUUUAAUUGCUACAACUGUCUGGAGGUAUAAGUCACUUGUUUACUUAUUAUUCUUUUUAACAGUCACUUCUGUUAUCUAAGUAGGCUUAAAAGUCACUUCUGUUGUAGCAUUCAGGAUAGUUCAUUAAGUAGUGUAGUUCUCGAGCACAAAGGCUAGUAAAUGAGAAAUGACUCAGUUUUAGUCAAGUGCUUAUGGCUUUUGCAGCCACAAUUAUGUAUUUAUGUUUCCAUAUUUUAAUUGCUGCAACUCUCUGGAGGUAUGUAAGUCACUUGUUUUGUUAUUAUUCUUUCUUAAAAGUCACUUCUGUUA